CUCGAGAAAGCGCAAUUUUUGAAACAAAAACAACAAAACCCAAAAUAAAACAAACGUAAAUAUUCCAAUCGAUGCGGUGGCGCGUCUGUAUAUAAAUUUUUGGUUUCUUGACAUGCAGAUUGGAUGAUGAACCACUCUAAGAAGCGAAGGUCGUCGAUUUUGAAGAUUGAGCUAGAUGAAGAAAGCACUCGCAUCCUUGGCAGGAAUAGAAGGUCCUCAAAGCGAGUUAGUUUUGCAGAUUGCUACCAGGUGAAAGAAUUUCAGAGAGAUUCUCCCCAGAGAUGGAAGCCUGAUGAACAUGAUGAAAAUGGUGAUUCAUCAGACCCUGAGGUUGAAAGUUCCAAUUCUGGAAAAAGCAGUGGUGUUACUGGCCUUGAUAAACUGCUUAGUGGUGCUAUACAGUCUCCAUAUCAGGAUGUUGCCAGGUACGAGAUACCAGAGGUGGCGUUGGAGUCGUUCAACAUACUCGAUGCCAACAAGACAGUGUAUGAUAGUGUUGAGCUGGACCUCACGGAGACUGAGAAGCACAGUAUCUACCUCGGGGGCCUGGAUGGCGGGCCCGCAGGCCAGCCUGCGCUAGAGACGUCCACCCUACUGCAGUCGUUCAGGAAUGGCUCUAGUGAUCGCAUGAAGCCCAUGCAGAUUUACUCGCCAAGCAGAGCAAGACACAACUCAAAGGAGGAGGAUCCAAUAGGUCCAGCAUAUUUCAACUUUACCCCAAUACAAGACAAGGAAAACAUUGUCCCUUCACAGAAUUUUGCAAACAUGAAGUAUUAUGAUGAUGAUGAUGAUGAACAUGACAUGGAGGAUUACAAUGUUAGUCCAGUGUCCUCUCAAUUAGAUUGGAGAUCACUGUUAGGGCGUGUUUUCUCUGAUGAUGAAAUUUCAAUGGGACAAACUUUAAAGCGCACAAGUACAGACCGUGCCCAAACUAUGAUGGAGGAAGAGCCAAUGGAAGAAACAGUAUGUAUUGGCAAAAUUGUAGCCUUUGGUAAAAACAGAAUGGAUAUUUCUGAUGAAACUGUGGCAUGCCCAAAACAUGAAUAUUUUAACGAUGGUAACUGGAACAAUAGUGGUAAUACAGUACACAUUGAAGUACCUAUGGAGGAAACUAAGAUUUUAGGAGGUAUUGUAAGCCAACUUAAUCAACUGGAAGAAUUUGAAUCAAUGGAAGAAACAAGACUAGUUGGUGGAAUUCUGAGUAAAACCAAUAAUCAAUUUGAAGCAAUGGAAGAAACAAGACCAAUAGUUGGAAUUUUGAGUAAAACCAAUUUCCAAUUGGAUGUAAUGGAAGAAACAAAGUCAAUAGGUGAAAUUCUGAGUAAAACCAAUUGUCAAUUGGAUGCAAUGAAAGAAAAAAGGCCAGUAGGUGGAAUUCUUUGUAAAACCAAUUUCCAAUUGGAUGCAAUGGAAGAAACAAGGCCAGUGGGUGUAAUUCUGAGUAAAACCAAUUACCAAUUGGAUGCAAUGGAAGUAACAAGGCCAGUAGGUGAAAUUUUGAGUAAAACCAAUAACCAAUUGGAUGCAACGGAAGUAAUAAGGCGUGUAGGUGGAAUUAUGAGUAAAACCAAUUACCAUUUGGAUGCUAUGGAAGAAACAAGACCAGUUGAUGGAAUUCUUAGUAAAACCAAUAAUCAAUUUGAAGCAAUGGAAGAAACAAUACCAGUUGGUGGAAUUCUGAGUAAAACCAAUAAUCAAUUGGAAACAAUGGAAGAAACAAGACCAGUUGGUGGAAUUCUGAGUAAAACCAAUUACCAAUUGGAUGCAAUGGAAGAAACACAGGGUGUAUGUGAAAUUCUGAGUAAAACCAAUUACCAAUUGGAUGCAAUGGAAGAAACAAGAGCUGUAGGUGGAAUUCUGGGUAAAACCAAUUACCAAUUUGAUGCAAUGGAAGAAACAAGACCUGUAGGUAAAAUUCUAAGUAAAACAAAUAAUCAAUUUGAUGCAAUGGAAGAAACAAUGCCAGUAGGUGGAAUUCUGAGUAAAACCAAUAACCAAUUGGAUGCAAUGGAAGAAACAAGACCUGUAGGUAAAAUUCUAAGUAAAACAAAUUACCAAUUGGAUGCAAUGGAAGAAACAAGGCCAGUUGGUGGAAUUCUGAGUAAAAGCAAUAACCAAUUGGAUGCAAUGGAAGUAAUAAGGCAUGUAGGUGGAAUUAUGAGUAAAACCAAUUACCAAUUGGAUGCAAUGGAAGAAACAAGGUGUGUAGUUGGAAUUAUGAGUAAAACCAAUUACCAAUUGGAUGCAAUGGAAGAAACAAGACCAGUUGGUGGAAUUCUUAGUAAAACCAAUAAUCAAUUUGAAGCAAUGGAAGAAACAAAACCAGUCGGUGGAAUUCUGAGUAAAACCAAUUAUCAAUUGGAAACAAUGGAAGAAACAAGACCAGUUGGUGGAAUUCUGAGUAAAACCAAUUACCAAUUGGAUGCAAUGGAAGAAACACGGGGUGUAUGUGGAAUUCUGAGUAAAACCAAUUACCAAUUAGAUGCAAUGGAAGAAACAAAGGCUGUAGGUGGAAUUCUGGGUAAAACUAAUUACCAAUUGGAUGCAAUGGAAGAAACAAGACCUGUAGGUGAAAUUCUGAGUAAAACCAAUAACCAAUUGGAAACAAUGGAAGAAACAAGACCAAUUGGUGGAAUUUUGAGUAAAACCAAUAACCAUUUGGAAACAAUGGAAGAAACAAGCCAAGUGGAUAAAAUUCUGAGUAAAACCAAUAAUCAAUUGGAAGCAAUGGAAGAAACAAGACCUGUAGGUGGAAUUCUGAGUAAAACCAAUAAUCAAUUGGUGACUUUUGAUGAGACAAGUAUAGAAAACAGAAUUCCUGGUGGUUCUGUUAAAAGGACAGAAAUUGUGCAAGACAAUAGACCAGUUGUUGGACAGCAUGGUAACCUAAAAAGUAGCGUAGCAAAAAUUGAUCAAACAAUUUCAAUGUCAAACAAUGCGAAUGAAAAACAGGCUGUUGAAACUGGACCUAAGGACAUAAGUAUUGUAAAAAAUGUAAGCUUAACUUGUGUCGUGCAAAAUGAAGAUUUUAUUGAAUCACUUAAUACUUCAAAAUCAUUGCCUUUAGUAAUUAAUCAAGAAGAGAUUAUGGAAAAAGAUCCCUUAUCAGCAGAGAGAUCAUUAAUGGAGAAAGAGACCUGUGCAGAAGUUGGGUUUGAUGAUGUGAGGACUCAAGAUGUUACACAAUCACAAACAAAACUUCUAAAACUUAAAGAAUCCCUCUUGGCAAUGAAAAAGAUAACUGGCCCAAGUAUCAAGGCUGGCAAUAUUAAAACACCCUCCAAGCUUUCUCCAAGUUUGCAAAGCUAUUCUGUGCAAAAUUCUAUCAAGAAAUUAUAUCCUACCCAGCCGAAUGCAGCAUGUUCAAGUCCUGUACGUAAACGACAGAGGCUGUCAGAUCCCAUGGAUUGCAUGGAGACAGUGUCGGACAUAGCACCAUUGCAAGAGGCCACAUUGACUACAGGAAUUGAUGAUGAGGAGAUGCCAGAUGUGAUGAAUGAAGACUAUCUGAAGGACACCCGGGAGACGGGUACAUUGGAUACAAGGUCACGUGGGCAAUCUGUGCAGCUGCAGCCAGAGUCACCUUGUGGUCCUGAGAAUAUGUCUGCUGAACUAGCUGACUCUAGUGAGGAUGCCCACUACUCCAUGGCAAACUACACCUUGCAGUCUGGAAUGGGCAACAAGUCAUACAUGGCUGCAUCUUUCGUUGUCCCGGAAGGACCACUUUCACUGGAUUCUUUUUUUGAACUGACAAAGGUAAAGUUCGAUCUUCCGGUGAAGGAAACCCGACGCAGUGUGUUUGUCCCGAGGAUUGCCCAAGAUGACAUUGCUGAAGUGUUAUAUGUGGAGGUGGCAAUGAAACCAGAAAUGGACACAUUUUCUAGGUUUAAGGACAGUAUUUCAGAGGCAUCAAAUAGCCUGUUAGAAGAUAUUAGGCUGGUGGAGGAGGGUUUAGAGCAGUCCCAGCCAGACAUCUUUGCUCAGGUUGUCAAUGCAUCACCAGACCAGCUUGCUGCUACAAAGGAAGAGUUAUGGGAAUUACAUAGAAGAUGCAAAGUCAUUGCACGUGUGAACUACAAGAACCAGAUGACCGAUUUAUAUGCUGGUUUCUUGAGGUGUCUGCAGACCAAUGUGCAGGUGCGAGCAAGGCAAAAAGUAGCUCAGAUGCAAGCACAUGUGAAGACUGUAGAUGAUUUGCUUGAAAGAUUAAAACAAGGGGUUAUUGAUAUAGAGCAGGAAGAGAAGAGCCUUGAAGAAAAGCAGAGCAUAAUGAUCACACUGGACCGACAAAUUGCUACUGAGAAAGAGAGUUGUGUUCAUCUGGAAACUGAGCUGGAAGCCUUGAGUCUGAACACAGAGACCAGUAGACAGGACUGCCAUGAGCUGCAAGCCAAGGAACAAUGCCUGCAGGCCAUCAAGGGACAUUUCAUAUGCUCUGAGUGGAAGCUUGAAGAUCUUAGAGAGGAUGUAGUCGUGGUGUCAUUCCACAAGGGGUUGAUAGAGAUGACCAUCAAGUUCAACUCUAGUGCACAUGACAAUCUACAAGAUCUACAGAUUACUUCAGGGCCUUCCAGCGGUAACAUAGGAGACAGGGUGUUUCAAAGUUUUGCAUUGGCCAGUAUAAAGACAAGCAAUCUUCAGAACCAAUACCCAACAAGGAUGAAGCUGCCAAUGCUUUUUCAUGAAGUGUCAUCGUCUUUGAACGAACUAAAGAGAUUCUGUGCAGAUCUUGAGCUGGUACAUUUCUAUAAGGAAAUUCAGUUCCAUGACAAUGAAUUGAGUGUUAAUAUGUGGUCAGUUUAUGGAGCCAUGAGGAGUUUUGUGACCUUGAAGUUUAUAUUCAACACCUUGAAUCCUCUGAGAUCACCAGUUCAGUCAACAGUCUGCGUCAAGUUUGGGGAUAUUUGUGCGAGGGACAUUGAAGUUCAACUAGGAGCAGUACAGCCAGGCCAUAGAUACCUUACACGCCUAUUGGAUGCUGUUGUCUCGCACAAUCCUUGCUUAAGUUGGAAAUAUUAACUCUAGCCAAUUUUUAUUACACAUAAAUUAUGUACAUAAUUUAUAAAUAUCAAAACCAUAUCAAAACCAGUCAUAAAACAAAUAAAUAAUGUAUAAUAUAUGCUCUUAAAUGUGUAUAUGAUGGGUGAACAAAUGCAGACAAUAUGAAAGUCGUAUUCCAUUUUUUAAUUAUGAAAUGUCCACCUUGCCACCUUUGUGUAACAUAUAUGAGGCAAAUAGUUUUUUAACGUCAUUUUUAAAUGACCAUUCUGAAGAAUAAUAAGUUGUCUAAUAGUUUAUAGACUGCAUUUAAAAUUCAGUUCUUCUUGACCCAUAUAUUUAAGCUGGCUGUAAAGGUGCAUGUUUAGUGCAAUUAAUUUUUCAUGCGUAACUAUAUUUUUUUAUUUUUACUAAUUACUGCAUGAUUUUUAAUAAUCUUGUUAAUCACUUUUGGUUUAGAAAUUGUCUUGAACGAUACGAGUCAUCUUUAAGAAAAUUGUUGAAUGUAUAAAUGAUGCUUACUGCUUAUAACUGGGAUCCUGUGAGAUUGUAUUCAGUAAAGUGUGUGUGCUAAAAAUAAAUUUUUGAGAUCCAUUUGGUAUCCAUUUUUCAUCAUCAAUAAUGUAUUUUGAAUGAAACUUAACACAACUUAGUAGGAAUCAACUUUGGGUGGUCCUUAAUUCAUUAGAUUUGGUAGGAACCAACUUUUGGUUGUCUUAAAUUCAUUAGACUUGGUAGGAACCAACUUUGGGUGGUCUUAAAUUCAUUAAACUUGGUAGGAAUCAACUUUGGGUGGUCCUUAAUUCAUUAGAAUUGGUAGGAACCAACUUUGGGUGGUCCUUUACUUCAUUAGACUUAGUAUGAACCAACUUAGGGCGAUCUUAAAUUCAUUAGACUUGAUAGGAACCAACUUUGGUCUUAAAUUAAUUAGACUUGGUAGGAACCAACUUUGGGUGGUCCUUAAUUUAUUAGACUUGGUAGGAACCAACUUGUGGGUGGUCUUAAAUUCAUUAGACAUGGUAGGAACCAACUUUGGGUGGUCCUUAAUUCAUUAGACUUGGUAGGAACCAGCUUUGGGUGGUCCUUAAUUCAUUAGACUUGGUAGGAACCAACUUCAGGUGGUCCUUACUUCAUUAGACUUGGUAGGAACCAACUUCAGGUGGUCCUUAAUUCAUUAGACUUGGUAGGAACCAACUUUGGGUGGUCUUAAAUUCAUUAGGCUUUGUAGGAAUCUACUUAGGGUGGUCUAAUUCAUUAGAAAAUGGGCAAGAAUCAGGUCGCUGAAAGGUCUAUGUAAUAGUCGACCUUGACACAUCUCCAAGGUUGUUAUCAUAUUUUCUCAAAACUUCACAUGGUUUUUAGCUCGACUAUUAUAUAUGAAAUAUAUUUAGUGGAGCUGUCCUACUCACCCCGGCCUCGGCGUUAGUGUUAGUGUUAGCGUGCAAAUGUUAAAGUUUUCGUACUACCCCAUUUAUUUUCAUUGUCCCUUGACAUAUUGCUUUCAUAUUUUGCAUACUUGUUUACCAACAUCACCCCCAACCUAUAAACAAGAGCAGACAACUCUAUCAAGCAUUUUGUCAUAUUUAUUGUCCCUUUUAUACUUAGAAUAUGUAUAUUAUUGAUAAAUCUAUGUUAAAGUUUGCGUACUACCCCAAAUAUUUCCUAUAUCCUUUGACAUAUUGCUUUCAUAUGUUGCAUACUUGUUUACCAACAUGACCCCAACCUAUAAACAAGAGCAGACCACUGUAUCAAAUAUUUUGACAUAAUUAUGGCCCCUUUUACACUUAGAUAAUUGAACAUUUUGCUUAAAUUGCCAUAACUUCUUCAUUUAUGAUCACAUUUUAUUAUUACUUUGACAAAACAACACUUACCUGAAUACCACAAUGGAUUCCACCCAAACAAUACCCCACGCCCAUACCCAGAAUCCCUUCCCCCCCCC